ACUAAACGAUAUGGAUGGACUACAAAACGGUAUGUGAACUUGGGGGCCCACCAGGUGACCCAUUCUUUUCUGGUGAUACCUGAGUGUCCAGCGUCCUUGUUGGGAAGAGAUUUACUGUCUAAAGUAAAUGCCCAAAUUCAUUUCGACCACGGACAAGUGUCAAUUUUAGAUGGGACUGGGCAUCCUCUUCAGGUCCUGUGUCUGGCAUUAAAAGAUGAAUACAGACUCUACUUGCCAGAGGCCCCAGCGACAAUAAGCCCCAAAGUACAACCAUGGGUUCAAAGAUACCCUCAAGCCUGGGCUAAAACAGCAGAAAUGGGGCUGGCCAAACAGAGGCCCCCUAUCAUUGUGAAACUAAAAGCCAGUGCUUCCCCGGUGAGGGUACGACAGUAUCCCAUGAGUCAGGAGGCUCGACAAAAAAUUACUCCUCAUAUACAACGCCUCAUAGAUGCUGGGGUCCUAAAAAGGUGCCGGUCCCCAUGGAACACUCCCCUGUUGCCUUCGAAAAAGCCUGGGGGAACUGAUUUUAGACCGGUUCAAGAUCUAUGAAAAGUCAACAAACGGGUAAAUGAUAUUCAUCCUAUGGUUCCUAACCCUUAUACAUUGCUAAGCAACUUGCCUCCAAACUACAUUUGGUACACUGUUUUAGAUUUAAAAGAUGCCCUUUUCAGUUUGCCUCUUGCUCCUGCAAGCCAAGAGAUCUUUGCCUUCGAAUGGCAGGAAGACGGUAGUCAGACCCCUGUGCAGCUGACAUGGACUCGCUUACCACAGGAUUCCAAAAACUCGCCCACGUUAUUUAACGAGGCCCUGGAUGAAGACCUCCAUGAGUAUCGGGUUGAACACCCUACCAUUGUUUUAUUACAAUAUGUUGAUGACCUUAUGCUGGCAGCGGCUACAGAAAAAGAGCGCCAAGAGGCAACAGACCCUUCCUCCCGGCACAGGAUGGCUCUCUAUUCCCACUCUGUCUAUAGAGCCUAUCUCUACCUCCGAGGGUGUGCUGUGGACCUUCAAACAGACUCUGGGGACAAUGACAUUGCCUUCUCCUUCUACUUCUAUGCUCAGUUUGAAGAUGACAGCAGUGACUAUGUGAUCUGCAACACAAGGCAGGAAGGAAAAUGGGGUACUGAGGAGAGGAUUUGUGAGAUGCCCUUCCAGAAGAGGGAGUAA